UUGAUGGCUUCUAACAGAGUCUCCGCUGUAUCGGCUAUCGUCGACCACAAUCGUGAUCUAUCCUAUGGUGUCGACACUAAGAUGACCAAGCAUUCAUUCGGCAUGCACGUCUUCUCUGACCGAGUCAUGCGUGAUGCUCUCCCUCACUCCAUCUACAAACAGAUGCAUAGGACUGUCGAGAAGCACGAGGCUCUUGACCCCUCACUGGCCGAUACCGUAGCUGCUGCUAUGAAGGACUGGGCUGUCGGUCAAGGCGCCACACACUUCACUCACGUCUUCUACCCGUACACCGGCUCUACUGCUGAGAAACAUGAGAGCUUCAUCGAGCCCAGUGGUGAUGGUACUGCUCUCACCAGGUUCGACGGCUCAUCGUUGAUUCAAGGUGAGCCGGAUGCUUCCUCCUUCCCAAAUGGUGGUAUAAGAGGAACUGACGAAGCACGUGGUUACACCGCGUGGGAUGUCACCUCGCCCGCUUAUGUGUUGGAGAAGGGCGGGACUAUGACUCUGUGCAUUCCGACCGCUUUCGUUUCCUGGACCGGUGAAGCCAUUGACCUCAAGAUUCCUCUGCUAAGGUCAAUGCAGUCCGUUGAAGAUGCUGCCCGUCGCGUUUUGUCCUAUUUCGUUCCCGCGUCCGAGCCCAUCAGCAACAUCACCAGUUACUGUGGCCCUGAGCAGGAGUACUUCCUAGUUGACAAGCGUCUCGUUGCUCUCAGACCUGAUCUCGUUACAUGUGAUCGAACAUUGUUCGGUUCGGUGCCGCCUAAGUCCCAACAAUUUGACGACCACUAUUUUGGUGCUAUCCCCGACCGCAUUCUGACAUGCAUGACCGAGACGGAGAGUCGACUCUACAAGCUCGGUGUGCCUAUCAAGUGCCGACACAACGAAGUCGCCCCCGGUCAGUUCGAAAUCGUCCCACUUUUUGAGACGGCCAACAUUGCGUCUGAUCAUCAGCAUUUGAUAAUGCAAGUCCUGAGGAAUACCGCGGAAAAGCACGGCUUUGCGGCUAUUCUCCACGAGAAGCCUUUCGCUGGCGUCAACGGGUCUGGCAAGCACGUCAACUGGAGUAUUGGAAAUUCCACUCAAGGCAACUUUUUUGAGCCCACAGAGAAUCCAGGAGCCAACACAAGGUUCCUCCUUUUCAUCGCUGCCGUCAUUCGAGCUGUUGAUAUCCACGCUGGACUUCUCCGUGGCAGUGUUGCUAGUGCCUCCAAUGACCAUCGUUUGGGUGCUCAAGAGGCUCCUCCUGCUAUCGUCUCGAUCUAUCUCGGUGAUCAACUCUAUGACAUCUUCGAACAGAUCAAGUCGGCGACUAAGGGUGGCGUCAGUGGUCCGGGCGAGUUCAUGUUGGAGACUCGAGUGAAGCGCACUUCAUUGACCCUGGGUGCUAAGACGCUUCCAUCGCUCAACAAGGACGCCGGUGACAGAAACAGGACGAGUCCGUUCGCUUUCACUGGUAACAAGUUUGAGUUCAGAGCAGUCGGCUCGAGCCAGUCUUUGUCACCAUCUCUGAUCGUGCUGAACACUAUUAUGGCCCAGAGUUUGGCGUACAUUGCCAGUCUCCUUGAACAGCGUACCAAGAGUAUGCAUCUUGAGGAAGCCGCUAAGGCCAUCAUCAGUGAGGUCUACAGAGACCAUGGACGUGUGGUAUUCAAUGGUGAUGGAUAUUGUGACGCUUGGAAAGAAGAAGCUGCCAGACGCGGUUUGAAGAAUCUCGUCAAAUCUCCUGAGGCCAUCGCCGAGUUUGCGACUCCCGAAGCUAUCACUUUGUUCGAGAGCUGCGGAGUGAUGAGCCGAUCUGAGCUCACUGCGAAGAAGAAUAUUUUACUGGAGAUCUAUUUCAAUCGUAUUGCAGUUGAAGCUCGAUGCGCGUACAGAAUUGCCAAUACCGUCAUUUUGCCGGCGUGUAUCAAGUAUCAGACAGAUCUCGCCGACAACGUCGCUAAGCUGAAGUUGGCCACUGGUUCGGUCCCCGAGUUCACCAAUACUAGGUUGAACGAGGUCAGCCAACUGAUAGAGCAAUUUGGUAAGGCCUUGGGUGCUCUGAAGACUAAGAUCGACCACAAGCACAGCAGUGAGGAUCCGAUGGUCCAUGCGAGGUUCGCCGCUGAUGAGAUGAGAUUGGCUAUGAAAAAUCUGAGGGCUACUGUUGAUUCCCUGGAGCAAAUUUUAUCUGAUGAAUAUUGGCCUCUUCCCACAUAUCAGGAAAUGCUUUUCAUCAAAUAGCUAUCCCGUUUAAUAUCAAACAUUUUAUUUCCUUUUACCCUCCCCAUGCUCACUGAGGGACGACUCUAUGUUCAGCUAUGACUACCUUGAAGACUGUUGCGAAAGGUGGUAGAGCAUUAUGAGCA